AUGGAUAAAGACAUUCCGGAAGAAUUCCUUCACAACACCGGUAAUUACUACUCAGCCCCGUGUCUCAUAGGACACUGGCAAGAGCGAUUGGCCACUGUGGAAAGCACUGGAAGAAACAUCAAGGAAAAGCAGAAACGCGGUACUUUGAAGAUACAGAAGUUGCGCAAUUUGAUGACGAGCUUGCUUCAGCCGGAAAAAUUGGCCAUGGAUACACCCCUGAUAACAUUUGGGGCGCAUUACCAGCUAAAAAAUACCGAUGUGCCUUUGUAUCACGACUCUGUAAUAUGCCACGGAUUGUACGCCUCUGUAACGGUGGACAAAGCUAGGCUUGGGUUUUCUCAAGACUUUUGGGAGUCUUGUACCCCAACCGCCGCCCCUUAUAACCGCCCCUGCGUCAGGAACACAAUAACAAUCGUGAGCUCUGACCCUAGAUAUGAUAGAUCGGGAUUGCAAGUGGUUUAUGAAGAAUGCAUUUGCAUCCAGUUUACCUCACACAAUGGUGGUAAAUAUUAUCUCCACUACGACAGUUCACCAAUGUCGGGAGGAAGCCAGUCGAUCUCUCUGAAAACCGAAAUAGGCCCCUACAGCAUAUUCCGGAUACGCUGCCUGGAGAAGAAUAAAGAAAAAACCCCCAUUCCCAUUGACUCCAAGGUCAUUCUUGUCCACAUGGCUUCGAACAAAAUGAUUGCAAUCGACAAAAGUUGGGUGGACACUUUUUACGGGCCGGAACGUUUCAUGUCCUGCCGUAGCGGCUACGACGCGCGCCGGAAGCUAAUCAGCGAUUGCGUUUGGACCAUCGUCGGGCAUCCCAAGCACGACGUCAGCAUUAUUUACCGUGCCUGCUUGGGGGAGAACAUCCCCGAAGAGCUACUUGAUUAUUAA